AGACGUAACACUUCCGGGGGCGCGGAAGUGAUCUGUUGCCCCGCCUAAUCCCAACCUCUCUUUCCGGUGGCGGAGUCUAGAGAAGACGAGCAGGCAUGGCACCUCGCAAGGGGAAGGAAAAGAAGGAAGAGCAGGUCAUCAGCCUCGGCCCUCAGGUGGCUGAAGGAGAGAAUGUCUUCGGUGUCUGCCACAUUUUUGCCUCCUUCAAUGACACUUUUGUCCAUGUCACUGACCUCUCUGGCAAGGAAACCAUCUGUCGAGUGACUGGUGGGAUGAAGGUGAAGGCUGAUCGAGAUGAAUCUUCGCCCUAUGCUGCCAUGUUGGCUGCCCAGGAUGUGGCCCAGAGGUGCAAGGAGCUGGGCAUCACGGCCCUACACAUCAAACUCCGAGCCACUGGAGGAAACCGGACCAAGACCCCUGGCCCUGGGGCCCAAUCUGCGCUCCGAGCCCUUGCCCGCUCAGGGAUGAAGAUCGGGCGGAUUGAGGAUGUCACCCCCAUCCCCUCCGACAGCACUCGCAGGAAGGGGGGUCGCCGUGGUCGCCGGCUGUGAAAGGACUCCUCAAAUUAUUUUCUGUCAAUAAAUUACCUUCGAGGA